AUGAGCAAUUUUUGUGAAUUUUUUCCUACGGAAUAUAAUCGUAGUUAUAGAAAAAAGAAAAUAGAACCAGCUAAAAUAAUAUAUUAUGAAGAUUAUUUCACGAAUCGUAUAGAGGAAGGAGAAAUCGAUCCUCGUAUAGCAUCGAUUCCUAAAGAAUUGGAUGAAACUGCUAAACAAUUGGUUUAUAAACAUAUUCUUAAUAAUCUGCAAUCUGUUUAUCAAAUCAACUAUAAAAAUCCUUGGAUUUCACGAGAUGAAAUAGAAAUUGAGGAAAAGGAAAAAGAAAAAGACUUACAGAGUGAACUAUUGGCAUAUAUUCAUGAUUUAUAUUUCAAACCUCAUACAGAAAAAGUCCUUGCACCUCCGGUAACAGCAAAAAGAAGUACAUUAGCUGCAGUUUGUUUUCACUUGCACUGGGUCAAAGGAAAAGAACGUUUAGAAAGAUGGCAUUCUCAAAUUACAUUAAGAAAUCUAAAUAUUAUUGGUUUUAUAAAUGCAGUGGCAGGAAUUACAGCGCUAAUUUGGUAUCUCUUUCUCACAUUUUAUUAUAAAAUACCAAUUAAACCUAUUGAUGAAAGUACAGUAAUAUCAGCUGUUUGGUCUAUGAUUUGUGGAAAAUGGGGUAUUUUCUUAAUGUAUUAUACUCAUAAAUAUGAAUUAAUUAUUCGAGAAGGAUCUGUACCCAUAUUAAUAGAAAAUAAUGAUUAAAAUUUUUUAUAUGAAUAAAUACAAAAACUUUUAUAAGAAAUAGUUUAUUAAAAGUAGUUAUAAUAUAAAAAAAAUGUUUUAUUAAUAAAUAAAUAUAUUUUCCUAAUUAU